CGGAUCGCAGUGCUCACUCACAUUGCAGGAACCCGCCAGUCUGCGGCGGAGAGAAACAAAACAUUCGUCUCAUUGCCCUCCCUCGUGCAAUCCUCUUUGCUCGUGCACUGGCACACUUACAGUCUCACCAUGCAAGCGAUCAAAUUUCUUCCCCUCGUAGGCGCCCUUGUCGCCGGGGUCUCUGCUAUUCCCGGCCCUGUUGUCCAUAAUGGCAGAGGAAUGGGUCCUAAGCUUCAGAUUUCUCCACGCCAGCUUCCUGCCGAACCUACUGGUGUCCAAACCAUAAUCAGUCCGAAUGGCGCCAAUAUCACCUACAAAGAGCCAGGCAAGGAAGGUGUUUGCGAGACCACACCAGGCGUGAACUCUUACGCCGGUUUCAUCAACCUUGGAGAAAACGUGCACAGCUUUUUCUGGUUCUUCGAGUCCAGAAAUGACCCUGCCAACGACCCCAUCACGCUAUGGCUCAACGGUGGGCCUGGAAGUGACUCUCUUAUCGGUUUGUUUCAAGAACACGGGCCCUGCAAUGUCACCGAAGACCUGGUGUCUCAACUGAAUCCCUACUCGUGGAAUGAAGCUUCAAACAUGAUCUACCUCAGCCAGCCGUUGGGUGUUGGCUUCUCAUAUGGCUCAAAGGCGCCGGGUUCCUUGGACGAGUUAGGAUCCUUCGUCAAUGCUUCUGAGGCCAACGUCACCGGCAGAUACCCGGUCAUUAAUGCGACCGCUAUUGAUACUACCGACCUAGCUGCUAUCGCCGCUUGGGAAGUCCUGCAAGGCUUCUACUCAGCCCUACCUCAACUUGACUCCAAAGUCCAGUCCACCCAAUUCAACCUCUGGACAGAGUCCUAUGGAGGACACUACGGACCUGCCUUCUUCAACUAUUUCCAGCAGCAAAACCAAGCGAUCCAGAACGGUACCCAGACGGGCAAAUAUUUCGAAUUUGUUAACUUGGGAAUCAUUAACGGCAUCAUCUCCGAAUAUAUCCAAGCGCCAUACUAUCCCAAAUUCGCCGUUGAGAACACGUAUGGAAUCCAACUUGUCAACCAGACCGUCCACGAUUACAUGGAGUUUGCAUGCUUUAUGCAUAAUGGAUGUUUGGACCAAGUUGCUUUGUGCGGUGAAGUCGAUACCACCACGCUCAGUGGCCAGGCUGUCUGCACCGAGGCUGAGGAUAUGUGUCGUGACAAUGUCGAAUCCCCAUACUACUACUACGGUGACAGAGGCGUGUACGAUAUCCGCCACCCAUACGAGGAUCCCACACCACCUACAUACUUCAUCGAUUACCUCAAUCAAGCGUCCGUCCAGAAUGCACUAGGCGUCGACACAAACUAUACCACAGACGCCAACGACGAAGUAUACUUCGCCUUCCAGCAGACGGGUGAUUUCGUCUUCAUCAACCUGCUGGAGGAUCUGGAGCAGAUCAUCAACAGCUCCUCAGUCCGGGUGACGCUCGCAUACGGCGAUGCAGACUAUAUCUGCAAUUGGUUCGGUGGAGAGGCUGUCUCGCUUGCAGCUCAAUGGCCGCACGCUGCUGAGUUUGCCGCUUCAGGUUACACCCCGUUCGUCGUCAAUGGCGUCGAGUUCGGCGAGACCCGAGAGUACGGCAACUUCUCGUUCACGCGAAUCUACGAAUCUGGUCAUGAGGUACCGUAUUACCAACCCGUGGCCGCCCUGGCGCUCUUUGAGCGGGCUAUCGGCGGAAAGGACAUUGCUACUGGCACCAUCCCGGUGGAUGGUACCAACGGUGGCACCAGUGGCGAGCCAUUGGCGACGCACACCGAGUCUUUUGUGCCCUUGCCGAGCUCGACUGCAUCCGCGAGCGGGAGCGCAGCUCCUCUGCCCAGAUAUAGGAGAUGGGAUUCUUGAGCGUGACGAGGUGAACGAUGACAUGCUUACCGACAUAGUAAUGAGUAAUGGUACUAGUAUUUCGGACAUGAUGAGUUAUUCC